AUGAAGAAGUCUGUUUCAUUCGUUGCUGUGGUCGCGCUCUUAGCUCUAGCCAGUACUGUAAAUGCACAGCUUAACGAUGACGAAGUACUAUCGUCUUUGGUAGAUGUUUACGGAGGCACAGCCGGGGCGGAUCCAGCUUCCCAAACUUACUUCAUGUCCCAUGGCGGGAAGAAAAUGUUCGAACAGGCUUCUAUGCUCGAAGCUAUGGCUUUGGCUAAAGCAGGCAAAGCUAACAUGGCCAGCAAGACUCUUGCUUCUUUAGCGCUUCAAUGCUUUCUUGCUGAGCUGCCUCAAGAAUGGCGGGCUGUUGGAGAUCUUUUAAAUGUCAUGGAGUCGAACAGAUUAUUCUUCAAAAAAACUCUAACUUCCGCGCGACAGAGUCAAGAAGCCAUGAGACAAGCCAUCAAGGCGAAGCUGACGGCGUUUCAGAGGUCUGGCUCAAAGACAAGUGCUGCUAAAGAAAAACUUCAGAAUGAUGUCAAAGCCUUAAUGGCUGAUCAAGAUACUGCCAGAGAAGCCAUUUUUAAUGCUUGGAAAGCGGAUUUUGCCAAACUCAAACAGCUUGCCAAUAGAAACAGACCAUCUCCCAAGGAGGUUAAAGCUUGGCACGUGUAUGGAAAAGUGAGAUACUUUGUGAGAAGGCUAGACUUUCCACCACAGCUGGCAAACGUCCGUCCGUUCACAGACAUUCUUGGGAUCGUUAUUAGCGGCAUGGGACUCCACGAUGCAAUUAAAAACCAAAACAAAAUGGGUAUUGUCAACAACAUACUCGGAAUUGUUGGUUGCACCGUUGCCUUGGGUUUGUUUGCUGCUCAGACUGUUGCAAAACAUGUAGCGAGUAAAGUACUGGCUAAGCUGGUGGGAUUCAUACCGGUUGUUGGUCCCAUUCUUGCAAUUGCCUUUUUCCUUGCACCAAUUAUCGUCCAGAUUCUUUGGCCGAGAAGCUUAGCUAUAGAAACGGCGAACAAGUUGACGGAAGUGGCGAGCCAUGAAUUGCAAGGCUACAGAGAUCAACUAGCAAGGGCGCAAGGGUGA